CGGAAAAACAUUUUCGUGUCCAAAUAUGUUCUGACAAAUUUGAAGGUUUAACACAAAUUCAAAGGCAAAGAAUGAUAAACAAAAUUUUGGCUGAAGAAUUAAAAAAUCAGACAAUUCAUGCUUUAAGAAUUGAAGCAAAAACUCCAAAUGAGUGGGACGGGAAAGAACAAGAAAAGGCUCCAGUUUGUUUGGGAGGUGGAAAAUCUGUAAAAUUAAAUUGA